AUGACUGCCGUCCCUGAGAGAACUAAUCAACCAGUAGGCACUCACAUCCACCGUUUGUAUGGUCUACCAGAAAUCCAUAAGAAUGAUCUGCAAGUUCGUCUGAUUAUGUACAUUUGCAACUCAUCAUACCAUGCGAUAGCGAAGUGGUUAGCGGAGAAACUCAAACCUUUACGGCUUCAGCUGGCACCACAUACUUAUCGAGACAUGUUCGCAUUUAUCGACGACGUCAAAGACGUAAAUCUAAGUGGCCUGAGGAUGCUCUCUCUAGACGUCCCAUCACCGUUUACAAACGUCCCGGUUCCCGAAAGAUUAGAUUACAUUUGCGAAUACCUAGUAACACAUCAGCUGGAAACAGGAAUACCGACAAAUGCACCGAAUGAACUAUUACUUAAAUGCACAUUAAACGUGCAGUUCCUUUUUGCCGGCCAACUAUACAAACAAAUGGACGGCGUUGCCAUGGGCUCGCCUUUUGAACAUCUUCUAGCUGACAUAUUCAUGGGCAAGCUGGAGAAAUUUCAACUUAGUGAGCAGAUCCACAAGUUAAAACACUAUGGUCGCUACGUUGAUGACAUCCUCGCGAUCGCCGCAACGGAAACUGGCGUAGACGCACUCUUAAAUGAGGUCAAUAGAGCACAUCCAUCAAAUAAGUUCACGCUGGAGGUAGAAAAGGCAGGUUCGCUUCCGUUCUUGGAUGUCCUCCUAAAUCGCAUACCUAACGGUAUCGUCCGAAGGGGGGUGUAUCGAAAGAAAACCUGA